AUUUUCUUGUAUAGAGUAACUAAGGACAAAUUGAUACCUGGGAGUGUGGUAACAGUCGCACCUGGCCAUCAGCUGAUCAACAUGGCUGUAGCUAAGUAUAUAGCCUUUGCUGCCUUCAUUAUACUGGCCGGAACUGGUAUAGCUGUAGGCUAUACGGGUGCAAGUCUUCUGACAUCAUAUGUGGCGUAUCUCUCACCUUGGGUGCCUGCAUGGCUGUGGAUAGCAGUGAGCAUAAUUAUGGGACUAGGAGUUGGAAUCACAGCUACAAGCACUGUUGGAGCCAUUACCACUUUGGCCCCUAAACCACGAGCAUUUAAAAUUUGUCUUUCUCUGCUUCUGUCGAUGGUGGUAACAGAAAUAGCAGCCACAGUAAUAGUUUACCAGAAACAGCACAUACUUUGCCAGGCUCUAAGUAACUAUAUGGACCACUCCAUGAAGGAAACACAAGUGGACUAUGGAACUAAUUUAUCUGAUACACAGCUGUGGGAUGAGAUCCAGUUGGAGAUGAACUGCUGUGGUGUUGAUAGUUACAAAGACUGGUUUCCAACGGAUUUUGGCAAUGGCACGGAUGUCCCCGACUCUUGCUGCCUUGUGGUUGAACCUGGUUGUGGGAAGAAUAUUGCAAGUUCAGUUGAUCCCGGUGAUUAUAUUAUAACAGAGGGUUGCCGUCUAACUGUCAUACAUGCCAUUGGACUUGACUACCACAGUCUUAGCCGGGGAGUAUGGCUGCCUGUGUGUGCUAUGCAUGUUGCUCUAAUGGUUCUGCUGGUGGCCACGGCCAUGUUCCUGCAGGAGAGCUACACAGCCAGCAACCUCCGUAUCUACUCUGUGUCUGCUGUUCUCCCAGCCAAUGCUCACAAGUACCAGGCACUUGAUAAUAAUUUUUAGGAGAUGAGUUAAAUAUGCUUAAAAUAUCACAAGCCUUAAGUUACCCAAAAUAUAGAGGCUCAUAGGAUACAGCUUUUGGACCUAUGAAUAAUCUGGUGAGUGUAAAACAUAGUAACUAUUUUUGCAGAUUAGAGAAAAUAAUUGUAGGAAUUUCACAUAAAUUUUCUUGCAUUAAUUGUUUCUGUUGUAAAACAAGAUAACCUUUUGCUUAUACUGUACAGUAUAAGAAAAAUAUUAGGAGGCGCACACACACAAAUUGGGCUUGAUAUUUAUUCGUCAUUGAAUUUUUUGUAUUUUCUGUAUGUAGAGAAACUACACUAUUUUAGAUACAAUAAUCCCUCUGCAAUUCCUAAUUAUAGGGGUCAAGCCUUUCUGAGCUUGGGAGGAAUACAGAUUAGCUAGAAUUUUAUGAACACAAGUGUUUGUGCAAUGAAUCACGAGAGAACAGUGCAGGUUAGAACCCAAACUACCGUAGGCAGCAAUAAGGCACCAAUUCUUGAAUCAAAUUCUAAUCUUACGGUAAUUUUAUCAAAUUAAUUCCUUUGUGAAUAUGUUGCAGAAUGGUAAAGCAUCCAUAGUGUACAAUGCAGUGUUGAUUGUUGUAUUUAUACCAUAUGAUAACUGCAGUAAUUUAUAAAUAAUUUUUAAGGUAAAGAUUACAAAUGGCAGAAUCAACAUUUGAAAUAGUUAUGACUUAAGCGGAAUUAGCUGGUUAAUUUCAAGAAUAUUUCUUUCAAUUUGGAAUAUACACAUUAUUAGAGAUUUCAAUACUUGAUUUCAGAAGCACCAAAAUGCUAAAAUUACGAGGAAUCCUAAAUUUGGGAAUGCAGAAUUUUAGUGUAAUCACUGUACACUCGCUGGCAAAAUACUCUCAUGGUAGCAUCUGAGACAACAUAAUCAUACAUAAAGGCCAAAAAUCAUUUAUAUAAGUAACACUGGUGUGAAUUGGUAAAUGGAACACAGGAUAGGAGACUGAAACAGAGUGACAUGAUCUGAAUAUCUAUAAGAGUACAGUAGUGCUGCCAGACGUCUCAAGAGUAUUUUGUCAGUGACUGUACAUUGAGAAGUAAUUUAUUUUACACUCAGUUUUACUCUCUUCACCCCCUACAUCAUCUUUCAGUUUUUUAGUACAUAUUCUUAUGUUCCAUAUAUACAUAUAUAUAUUUUUUUAUGUAGCAUUAAAUUGGAAUUUACAAAUGCACUUGCCAAUGAACAGCACUGACACAGGCACACUGUGCACAUAUAGUACAUGCACAUACUGUACACUCAUGCACUAACAUGCUCAUACCAAGUUACAUAUUCACUGUGUGUGUGCGCAUUAGAUUUAUACUGAAUAUUUCUUUGUGCAGUGGGUGCUCAGAAAGGUAUUAGAGGUAGUACCGGGUAUAUAUAUAUAUAUAUAUAUAUAUAUAUAUAUAUAUAUAUAUAUAUAUAUAUAUAUAUAUAUAUAUAUAUAUAUAUAUAUAUAUAUAUAUUAUAUAUAUAUAUAUAUAUAUAUAUAUUGUUUUAUGUUAACAUGUGGGAGAGUAUGAUCUGUGAUAAUCAUAAUGCUCUCCUGUAUUGAAAGGUAGAUAUAUAUAAAGUUUUGAAAAUACAGUACAGGGGUGAUGUAAUUUUUUUAUUUAACUGUGGAAUAUUUAAUUGAGGUCAGUGUUGUGGAGUAGAUAUCAAGUUAUUUAAUGUACAGCUCUAUAGACACCACUAAAUAAGACUGCUGCAAGCUUUCUCAGGUGGUACCUUUAUUUGUGGCUUCUAUCAGGUGUCAUUCAUUAAAAAUUCAAAAUAGAUUAAUAUAUUAAAUAUAAUUCAAUGCAAAGAAGCUAUUGUACAUUGAAAUUUGGUCAAAACACAAAUUAAAGAGCUUUCAUAUUCCAAGUUAUCUAAAACAAUGAUUAAUGAUUAGUUAUAAGUUAGGUGUAUUUCUAGGCUGUUAGGUGUGAUUCUUGGCUGCUGUUAGGUGUGAUUCUCGGCUGUUAGGUGUGAUUCUCGGCUGUUAGGUGUGAUUCUUGGCUGCUGUUAGGUGUGAUUCUCGGCUGUUAGGUGUGAUUCUCGGCUGUUAGGUGUGAUUCUCGGCUGUUAGGUGUGAUUCUCGGCUGUUAGGUGUGAUUCUCGGCUGUUAGGUGUGAUUCUCGGCUGUUAGGUGUGAUUCUCGGCUGCUGUUAGGUGUGACUCUUGGCUGCUGUUAGGUGUGAUUCUCGGCUGUUAGGUGUGAUUCUCGGCUGUUAGGUGUGAUUCUUGGCUGUUAGGAGUGAUUCUUGGCUGUCAGGUGUGAUUCUUGGCUGUCAGGUGUGAUUCUUGGCUGUUAGGAGUGAUUCUCGGCUGUUAGGAGUGAUUCUCGGCUGUUAGGUGUGAUUCUCGGCUGUUAGGUGUGAUUCUUGGCUUUCAUGGGCAGAAACUAUGAACUGCACUAUACUCAUUCUAUAUUGUAGUUUGAUUGUUCAAUAGGGCUCCACUUUGGGGAGUCCAAGAAUAAUCAUCUUUCUGCUUAUUCAUCACACAAAAUUCUUGACCAUAUUGUUUGUAACAAGUUGCUAUUCUUGAAAGUGGAAUCUCUAUACAAGUUGUCAGGUAUAUUUAGUGUAUAAGUAAUCACAGUUUGAUGACUAGCUGUAGCUCUUGGUCCCUGGUGAGUUAAAAGCUUUUGACCAUAAUUAUUUUUUACAACCAGUCACCUUAUUCACUUGAGAUUAAAACUGGGUACAUGUCACUUGUGUCCCCCAAAAUGGUUAGCUUAUGGUCAAAAGUAAAUAACCUCUAUUGUCUUCUAAUCGGUUUAAAAGAUUCUGGUAAUUUUUGUCAUAAUCACCUCAUUUAUUUGCAAUUAAAAUGGGAAACACCUUUCAUGGGUUCUCAGAGGUGAUUACCAUAAAGUCAGAGUUUACAGACUGGCCACUUUCUAUUGACCUUGUGAGUUUUCCAGCUUUUUGUUGCAAUUAUUCACUCAUUUGCUUGAUAUUAAACUUGAAACUGAUUA